ACGACACUCAGCCCCCCCUAGUCGCCAUGGCACUUGCUUACGAGGCAAUUCCUUCAAUCUCAAGUCGACCACUGCUCAACAUAUAUGAGUUUUGAGUGUAUGCUCUCUGGCUGACCAUCACAACAUCGUUACUCAAUAGACUUGCCCGGUCUAUAUUAUAAAUUUCGUUCCCAUCAUUUAUUUUCUUCCGUGUUUCAACAUGACCGUUAGCAACAACUCCGUAUAUAUCUCCGGCCUGGCUCAUGAGUACCCUCAAUACUCGCAAACACAAGAACAGUUCGCCGACCUCGUCACAAGAUUGGUUCCUGAGUACAUCACAUCGCCAGGGUUCCAGAGAUUACUACAUGUCAACCGCAACACACAGAUCCUGUCCCGUCCCACGAUCUUCGACUACUCCAUAUGGACUAAAGCCGAUGCAAAACCUCCUACUAUCGAUGAAUUGUCGCAGAUUUUCCGAACGACUGGUGUCGAUCUUACAGUAGCGGCAUGCAAAAAAGCAAUGAAGGAAGCACAAUUGUCAGCGACCGACAUCACACACGUUGUAGCAGUCACAUGUACCGACCAGGGUAGCCCUGGCUAUGAUCUCUUCGUCAGCCAGAAGCUUCAGUUGCCUUCUGGUGUACAGAGGGCUCUACUACACGGUGUUGGUUGUGCUGGUGGUCUGUCAGCGCUUCGAGAGGCAGCAAACCUCGCCGCAGCUGCAUCUUCAAGAGGGAGAUCAGCCCGAAUCCUGGUCUUUGCGACUGAGCUCUGCAGUCUCUUCUUGAGGGCAGAGUUGCAGGCUGCAUGUAAAGACAACGAGAACCUGCACAUUGCCCCGGCAUUGUUCUCGGACGGCUCUGCUGCACUGGUAGUCUGCAAUGGACUAGCCAUGAGAGACGAUCAAAAGCCAAUUUACGAGCUCCAAGAGUGGGGAAGUGCAGUAAUUCCGGGGACGAAAGAUCACAUGUCGUACUCUGUGAGCCCGAGUGGUAUGAUAGCUACCAUCACCAAAGAGGUACCAAAAGCCACCGUCGGCGCUAUUGGUACCAUGUUCGACCAAAUCUGCAACCCGACCGGCGCACCCAUCGAUCCUACAACAUUCGACUGGGCCGUCCACCCAGGCGGAGUCACAAUCUUGCAAGGCGCUCAGCAGGCAAUGAACCUCACCGACGACCACAUUCGAGCUUCCCUCGAUACAUACCAGAAGUACGGCAACUCUUCAAGUCCGACAGUACUUGUUGUGCUAGACAAGUUGAGGAGAAUGGGUAAAGGUCGAGAUGACGUAGUGGCCACCAGUUUCGGGCCUGGUUUGAUGAUUGAGAUGUUCCGCAUGAGGCGGUGUCGAGACGAUGAGUCUCAACAGGCUUUAAGUCUGGGUGUACUGGCUAAAGCUCAUAGACUUGGGAUGUCAGUUGUCUCGAGGCUUUCGAGAUCCGGCAAGAGAUCUUCGGUGGUGCAUAGGGUGAGGGCAAGUAAGGAGGCGUAGGCCGGAUCGUAGAGUGACUGCUGGGUGGUUGCAUGAAACAUCACUCCAGUUUAAAGCAAGUA